AUGGAGAGCACGGCUGCAGAGGCGGGCGCGCCUGCCUGUGGGGACUCCUCGGGAGGCACAUCCAAAUGCCGGAAACAGCGCACAGUUAGCGCGUCGUCUUCGUCGCCCCCUGAGUCUCCUGACUCUCCUGGUGCUGAAGGCCCUGGUCGUCGGCCGGCAAGCGUCUUCAAACUUAGUGCGUCUACGACGCCGCUAGGCUCAAUCUCCUUCUUUCCCCCGUCUGAAGGUCACGAGUCUGGGCUGUGCGCCUCCCCACACGGUGCGCUUCGAGAUCCCUGCUCCGAUGGACUUAACGAGCCCUCUAGGCGCCGCGGAGAUUGUUCCCCGUUUUCUGUCGACAGGGGCGCGCUAGGUGGAGCUCCGACUUGUUCGCUCUUCGCCCUGAGAGAAGCACUCGACUCACUCUCAAUCCUUUUGCAGCCAGUGAAGAUGCCACGGGUAACCAAGGGACGCGAACUCGGCGUGCCUUCUGCGUCUGCCUUCUCCCUUGAAGUAGAGGUCAUGCGCCUUUCUGUGGCUCAGGCAAAGGCCGGUCAGUUUCACGCGAUGCUUGUUUUCCCAGCUUCUUCGGAGCUCUCUGAGGUUUUAGGGCCCUGUGCGACACGCAGAGCCGUAAGACGCCCGCCAGACGCCUGCAGCGGAGGCGGGGUGGGGGUGCUCGCCGGUGGAUUGCAAGAUGCUGAAAUAGCUCAGCUGUCUAUCAGGGAAGCGGAGGAAGACAGCGCACUCUCGGGGUUUGUGCUCGGAAGUGUCAUCGAAAAGAAUACUUCCUCUGCAGAUGCGCACGCGACGCCCGCUCCGUGUCCGCCUCAGGCGGCCUCCGUUGCGCCACCGUCAGACUCAUAUCCGCCAGGCAGCAGCGGGCCUUUGUCCUUUCUGCCUUCGAACGCAGCUAUAGAGGCUCCCUUCGGUUUUCCGAAGGCAGUCCAUCGGUCGCUCCUGCCAUGUCACAGUCGUCGGGGGGCCGACGACAACGCCGGCACACCAGGAGGCUUGCGACCGAAAACGGGGCCUACCGGUGCGACGGCAGCAAGCAGCUUCAGCGACCGUGGCAGCACGAGCGUUUCAGGACCUGGGGCGGUGGGCAAGGCAUUGGCUGCGGAGAUUGAAAACGAAAAUCUUCAUAUUUUGAGCCGCAUGCAGCCCCACGAGAUUCGGGAGGCUCGGGAGGAGAUCCUCCAGCGCUUUGGGGCAGAACGAUUUGCGGCCCUGCAGAGACGAGCGCUCCGGCGGGCUCGUGCGAAAUGCAGCGGCGAACAUCAAGAACAGAAUGGAAAUGCUGAGGCGACGAGGGGCGCAGCAGCUGGACGGGCCGCACGGGGCGAAAGGCAGCAGCUCCAGAAUGAGGACGCUGCGCGCCUGUCCGCGUUCCCGCGCGAGAACAGAACUGAGGAAAGUCAGACGCGCCUUCAAGCGGGCGGCUCAGCUCCCGCCGCUUCUCCGGUGCCGCCCUCGUCCUCGUGUGCAUCGUCUACACAGUCAUCUGUUUUUGCUCUGCCGGGAGGCAGGCAGUGCGUUCUCGAGUGGAGCCUCGAGCCGCGUCGGGCGCUGGCAGCUGCGGCGGCCCGGACGCCGGCUUAG